AUGAUAUUUUUUAGUUCUACACCAAUUAAAUAUCGUGUUGAACGUGCAGUACAAAAAUACAAAGCCUCCAGAAUGUUUGAUAAUAUAUCCAGUCAGAUCUUAAGUUCUUACCUUCAUUUUGGUGGCGUUGCUGAGGAUACAACUUUAUGUGCUUAUGAGAAUGAUCCAAUGAUACCUAAUGGAAUGGAAGUGGACAUUACAUAUAACGUCAAAGUCUAUCUAUCAAGUUACAUUAUAAAUGAAACAGGUUAUGUAAAUGAAGACGCAUUCCGAGAAGCGCCUAUAGUUAUUGAAUCAUUCUUGAAUUAUUUGGUCAGGAGACAAGUAUGCCCUGAAUACUCUGAAGAUUUACAAGAAGCACUUAAAAUCACUCAAUUAGCAAAAGAUGAGCUAUUGAAUU